GGCACAGCUGAAUUUGAAGCAGAGCAUUGAAAAGGGAAGUACAAGUGAGGGUUUAAGGGAUGGAGAAACUUAUGUUUUGGAUGAAGUAAAAAAUGGGAAAAUGGUUGAAGAUGAAGUCGAAGAAGAAGAAGAACAGAAAAAUGAGGGAAAAACGGAGUUGGGCGAAGAGAUAGGGAAACGGCCUAGGAGAGGAACGAAAGUACCUGACAGAUUGACAUUAUCCGGGCCAAUUAAUAACAAGAAGAGAAAGACGGAAGGCAGGCUUGAAGGGAAAGAGAUUGUGUUGAGUCGUCCUAUGAGUUUGAACCUGAAAGACG